ACAGAGAGUCCAGAGCAGUUGUCUGUUGAUUGUUAUUCUCUGGCCAGUCGAAGGCCUCUGCUCACCAUUUAUCAAGGCAGAUCUAAAACAUUCUAUGAAAGGAUAAAAUACACGAAAAGAAAUGAAACCCCGAUGACUGCCAUAUUAUACAACGUGACAGAACUGCAAGCUGCUACAAACAACUUCAGUGAAGACAACCUUCUCAGAAUGGGUACCUUUGGUCCCAUCUACAAAGGCGUGUUCCCUGAUGGGCAGAUUUUGGCUGUGAAUAUUAUUGAGAUGGCGCCGCUGUCCCUAUGUGAAGAAGACCUAUUUCUGGAUGUAAAUAGCAGUGUAUCUCAUUUAAGGCAUCCAAACAUCGCAAGCCUUUUAGGCUACUGUGUGGAGCAUGGCAAGCACUUCCUCGUCUACGCCUAUGUCGGGAAUGUGUCUCUUGUUGUUGCCCUGCAUAGUACUCAAGACAUUGGCAAGACUCUUACAUGGAAUGAUUGCUUGAGGAUUUCUAUUGGUGUAGCCUGUGCUCUUGAGUAUUUGCACUGUACAUGUGUACCUCCUAUUGCACAUGGAGAUGUAAUGGCUGCCAAUAUCUUCCUUGAUCAUAAGCUUGUCCCCCAUCUCCGCAACUGUGGGUUGGUCAAUCUGAGGCCCCUUAUUCGAAUUAAGAUGGAGGCUUAUGAAACGGCAUCCGAUUCCUUGGGUUACACAGCUCCUGAAUUUCGACAGCCUGGAUUUGAUAUUGAUAUGACAAAGUGCAACACUUAUGGAUUUGGAGUAUUGCUGUUGGAGCUCCUGACUGGAAAGAAACCAUAUGACAGUUCAAAGGCAGGAGAUUGGCAGUUUUUGGUGAAGCGGGCUGGUAGCCGCUUACAUGAUUUUGAAUCUCUUAACAGCAUGGUCGAUGCUGCAAAUCUGCAAUCAAGGGCCAAUGCACCUCGAAGUCUUUAUCCCGAUUUGCGGAUACCAUCAGCUAUUGCAUUCAGCCCCAGCCGGAAUUGAGACCUCCAAUGUCUCAGGUUUCUGAAAUGCUGGUUUGUGUGCUUCACCAAACGGAAUCCAGCAGACAUGACUGAGAUGCCUUUGAUGUCUUCAUUCCAGACGGCCCCAGUGGAUACACAUUGUAAGCAAUUAUACGGU